AUGACGGAGGCGCCGCUGCUCCCGCCGCCGGCAGCGGCGAGCUCACCGGCCGCCUCCGCGCUGCUGCGGGCCAGGCGGCGGCGCAGGCCGUGGCGCCGCCCGCGCGGUCUGCUCUGCUGGGGGGCCCUUGUCGCCUUCUUCUUCCUCAUGAACUGGUGGAUGUUCUCCCGCCUCCAGGACCCCGCCGCGCGCCCGCGCUUCCGCCUCCGCCGCCACCCGCCGUCCCCGGCCAACUCGUCGCUCUCCACUCUGGAAGAGGUGCGUGCUGCUGACAAAGGGAAGAGGCCUCAUAAGGUCAUGCUCACCCGCCUGCUUGCUUUAGCAGCCCAUGCAUUGGCAGAGGCAGAGAGUAGGCCGGAACCCAAAGACUUGUGGAAAGAGCCGAUAAAUGCUACUUUGUGGAGACCUUGCUCUGACCAAAGGGAUUCAGAAGUAUCAGAGGGAGUCAAUGGUUACAUCAUCAUCAGUGCAAAUGGCGGAAUAAACCAGCAAAGGGUAGCGAUCUGUAAUGCUGUUACUGUUUCCCGAUUGCUCAAUGCAACUCUUGUCAUUCCCAAAUUCUUGUAUAGUAAUGUUUGGCUGGACAAAAGCCAGUUUGGAGAUAUAUAUCAGGAGGAUUAUUUUAUCAAAUAUUUGAAAUCUGAUAUUCGGAUUGUGAAGGAGCUUCCUUUGGAGUUGCAAUCAUUAGACUUGGAGGCGAUCGGUAGCCUUGUCAAUGAUACAGAUGUCAUGAAAGAGGCAAAGCCAAGUAUAUAUGUAAAAAAGAUACUACCAAUUUUACUGAAGAACAGAGUUGUCCACUUUGUGGGAUUUGGUAAUCGUUUAUCUUUUGACCCAAUACCUUUUGAACUUCAGAGACUGCGAUGCAGAUGUAACUUCCAUGCUCUUCGGUUCGUACAUAAAAUACAGGAAACUGGUGCAUUACUUGUAAAGAGACUGCAUGGUCACAUGCCCCAUUUGUCACCUUUGGAAGAUAAUCUCUUAGGUCACUUUGCUAGUAAAUCCAUCCCCGCUGGGAACAGGAAUGAGUCCUCCAAAUAUCUUGCUGUUCAUCUCAGAUUUGAGAUUGAUAUGGUUGCAUACUCAUUGUGUUACUUUGGUGGUGGUAAAGACGAGGAAGAGGAACUAGAGAUGUACCGUCAAAUCCACUUUCCUGCACUGACUGAACUUAAGAAGGCAACAAAGUUGCCCUCAGCUGCUUUCUUGCGAUCUGAAGGCAAAUGCCCCCUUGCACCUGAAGAGGCUGUGCUUAUGCUUGCUGCUAUUGGUUUCAAGCGCCGCACUAGUAUAUACAUUGCAGGUGCUGAAAUUUAUGGUGGGAGGCAUAGGCUGGCCGCCAUAAGUCGUCUGUAUCCUGCUUUAGUAACUAAAGAAACACUUCUCUCUCCAUCGGAGCUUGAACCGUUCAGGAACUUCUCAUCGCAGUUGGCAGCUCUGGACUUUAUUGCAUGUGCAUCAGCCGAUGCAUUUGCUAUGACUGACCCAGGCAGCCAGUUUUCUUCUCUCGUUCAAGGAUACCGUAUGUACUAUGGUGGUGGGGACCUUCCUACAAUAAGACCAAACAAGCGGCGCCUAGCCAGCAUACUUGUGAAGAACGCCACAAUACAGUGGAAGGAAUUUGAAACUAGAGUAAAGAAACUCAUACAACAAACUAAGCAAGUCCAUGAGAGGCCAGUUGCAAGAAGCGUAUUUAGACAUCCACGUUGUCCAGAGUGUAUGUGCAGAUCAGAUAGUUGAAAUCUUUUCAUAGUUUCUUGUGCCUACAGCAGUAUUAUGCAGCUAAAGCUUAUUUUUGGUGCUUUGGCUGAUACACAUGGCUUGCCCCGGAAGUACUGUCGGAAUCAACUUAGGAAAUGGGGUGGCUGAGUUCUCACUUGAGAUGAACAACAACUGUGCAUUCAUUAGCCGAUCGCCCUUGUCAGCUUGAUAUCAUCUUGGAUUUGGAUUCUCUGGCAGAUUUUUGCCUCCUGUGUGAUGGGAGUAGAUCAAGAACUAAAAUUUUGCAGCCAAACUACGGUGUUUUUUCCAAGAAAAUGCAAAGGUCCUUUGCGUGAUAGGUCUCAGUAGGGAAAACCAUUGCGGCUGAAAGUGCAUUACCUGUAUCUGACCAAAGGAAAACCAACUACAUUAUUUCUGCUAUGACUUCAGGGUUAAUCUACCAUUUGACAAGUCAGGCUUCUAGCUUUCUGCAUUGGGGUUGCCAUAUCUAUUGUGGUUUCGGCUGCCAUGUGGUGAAUCAUAUUCUGAAAUGUCAACUUGAUGCAAUUUUGCUCACAUUCUUCCUCAGAUGAGUAGUGCUGUGUUAUAGGAGCCGAGUACAUACUUUGUAAAUUGUAACUUUUGUACCAAAGAACAAACUUACAAUUACAACGAGGGCAAGGCUAUCCUUUUUGUGUGUGUAUGAAUGUUGUAUCAUCCAAAGGCAGACUUGCAGAG